AUGCUUGUGGUACCUGUAACGCCCCCCUCUCAAGUUGCAUCCUCAGACCUAACCGGGCCUCACAUCCCGAACGAAUUUCACAAUCAUGCAGCUUCUGAUAAUGAUGAUGGCUUCAUGACAACACUCACAUCGCCAAGGCAUCCAGCUGGAAUGGAUUAUUCUCGUGCCCGGAUCAUCUAUGAUCUUUUCAUUCAGUCGGAAAUGGUUCACGAUUUAUGGAGCGGUAGAUUUGUUCGAUUGGAUUGUGUCGAUCGAAUACAUCAUGCUCAUGUACAGUUCGCUUAUGAUGCUGAUCAGCUGAUGGACAUCGACUGCGUGAAAUAUGCAGCAGUACAUUCAUCUUUGGUAAGCCUAAAAAAUUUCAAGUAA